AUGCGUUUAACACCCUUCAUUCUCCUGGGCCUUGGCCUGGGAGUUAUAGGUGACUCUUCAACUAUAACUAGUACCUCAUCUUCAUCAGUCUCUGCCAGCUCAUCAUCUGCCUCUCCCAGCUCCAGCUCUGUCAGCUCCUCGUCUGAAUCUGCUAGCUCUAGCUCUAUCAGCUCCUCUUCAGUAUCUGCGUCUACUAGCUCCAGCUCUGCUAGUUCCAGCUUUGCUAGUUCCUCAUCUGUAUCGGCAUCUGCUAGCUCCGGCACUAUUAGCUCUUCGUCUAUCAGCUCCUCAUCAGCUAGCUCCUCAUCUGCCUCUCCCAGCUCCAGCUCUGUCAGCUCCUCACCUACAUCAGCAUCUGCUAGCUCCAGCUCUGCUAGUUCCUCAUCUGUAUCGGCAUCUGCUAGCUCCAGCACUAUAAUCUCUUCAUCUGUCAGCUCCUCGUCGGCUAGCUCCUCAUCUAUAAGCUCCACUUCCGCCAGCUCGACACCUUUAGCUAGCUCCUCAUCUGCCUCUCCAAGCUCUAGCUCUGUUAGCUCCUCUUCGAGCUCCUUAUCUGCUUCUACCAGCUCUACCUCUGCUAGCCCCUCUUCUGCCAGUUCCACCGGCAUCAGUACAUCGACCUCUAGCUCUUCUGUCCCUGCCAGCUCUAGUGCUUCUAUCAGCUCUUCUGCCAGCUUAGCAUCUUCGGCUAGCUCCAGCAGCAUCAGUUCAUCGGCCUCUAUCUCCGGUGCCUCUACCAGCUCUGAUGUCUCUACCAGCUCUGGUACUCCUGCUAACUCUGGUACUCCCGCCAGCUCUGAUGUCUCUACCAGCUCUGGUGCUCCUGCUAGCUCUAGUGCCCCGGCCUCGAGCUCUGCCACUGCUCCUCAGUCUACAAGCUUCUCUACCUCUACCACCUCUACAUCUGUCACCACCACCUCGGCAUCCAUUAUUAGCUCUCAAUCUGUAUCCCUCGACUCAGGUGUCUCCUAUGGACAAGGUGCCUCACCCCAGACAGACUCCAAUGGUAACGUUGUCGCCGUUGACUUGGUAGCUGGCGCGAACGGUGAGGCGACAUUCGAUGUCGCUGUUCAAGCCUCCUCUUCCCCCAGUGGCAGCUCCACAACCCUCUCAUUCGAAUACACUGUCAGUGCUUUCAAACGCCUGCGUGCCAAGCGCGCUUUCGAGGGCUGCACUCUGACCAUCACGGUUGACGGCAAUGUGGUUUACUCCGGACCUGUUGCGUCGACACCUGCUACUUACAGCGAGGCUAGUCAGCCGUUUGUCGCGGAAAGCAACCCGAGCAUUAAGUUUACACAGACUUGCGGUACUAGUCCCGUAAACCUGGCUGUUAAGAAACUUGCCCUUGUCACUGCUGCGGUUCCUAUCGCUACGACUGGUUCUGUCGACGUAACUCAGACUGCAAGUGAGACAUCUAUUGAAUCUGCCACUGAGUCUGCCACUGAGUCUGCUACUGAGUCUGCUACUGAGUCUGCUACCGAGUCUGCUACCGAGUCUGCUACCGAAUCUGUUACCCAAGCUGCUUCUGAGUCUACUUCCGAGUCUGCUACCGAGUCUGCUACCGAGUCUGUUACUGAGUCCGUUACCCAGGCUGCUACCGAAUCUGUUACCCAGGCUGCUUCUGAGUCUACUUCCGAGUCUGCUACUGAGUCUACUUCCGAGUCUGCUUCAGAGUCUGCCACUAAGUCUCCUACUGAGUCUGCUACUGGUUCUUCUACUGUCUCUACUACCGAGUCAGCUACUGAGUCAGCUAGUUUUACAACUGAGUCUGCUACUAGCUCUGCCAUCAAGUCCGCUACUGGUCUUACUACUGAGUCUAUUACUGGCUCUGCUAUUAAGUCUAUUACUACAGGUUCUGUCACUGGCCUUACUACUGGUUCUACUACCACUGGCUCUGUUGCUGGUUCCAUUACCCAUUCGACUUCCGCUCCCUCUAGCUCUGCCAGCAGCGUGGUCAACCCCCUUGCGGUUGGAAACUUUACUCUCUUCGGCUGCGCCCGCUCUUCUGCUGGUUUUCCCACCUUUGAGCUCGCUAGUUCUAGCGAUUCCAUGGACCUUGACGUUUGUGCUUCCCUCUGCUCCGACAAGGCCUACUUUGGUGUUUACAACACUGACUGCUACUGUGGUGAGGAGGUUGGCUCCUCAAGCGUUACCCGUGUUGCCAUUGAUCUCUGCGAUACCAAGUGCCCUGGCGACAGCUCUGAGUUCUGUGGUGGUAAAGCCGCUUCCAGCCGUAUCAUGCGCCGUGCAAUCCCAAGCAACAUCCUCCUCACUGUCUACGUUCACGCUGUUGCUAGCACUGUCACUAAGUUGGCUACCAUUACUGCGACUGUCUCUGGCACCACCACUAUCACCACUGAAGUUACCAAGACAGUUCCUGGCCCCAACCCUACUACCACUGUCAUUGAGGAGAUCUACAUCUGCAUCAAUGGCAAGUGCACUGCGGAGUCUAACUCUGGCUCCCGUGUUGUCUACGUUAUGAUUGAGGCCAAUGGCGCCGAGUGUGAUAACGAGUGGGUGUAUAUCUCUUCCGCUUGCUCAUGCCAGGGUGGACAGGAGUAUACCGCUAUCUUCUGCUCUGGUGGCAGCUGCAUUGGCGAGACUGUCUAUAAGGCCUCUGAGUGCCACGACUGGUACAACUACGAGAACUUCUUUAUCCCUGCUGACUGCGGCUGCGGUAAGCAGGGUGAGGCUGCUAUUAAGUUCAUUCCUUGGGAGAAUAAGUGGGGUACACCCGAGGAGUGCAACGAGCAAGAGGUUCCUGUCUGCUCUGACUGCACCUACGCAACUCACUACGCCAUGGGCAACAGCACCACCUCUGGUUCCAACGGCAACUCUGGCUCUGGUAGCAGUAGCUCUGAAACCGACAGCGGCAGCUCUGGGUCUCCCUCUGGUUCCGGCAGUUCCGGUUCUGGAAGUGGUAGCUCUGGUUCUGGAAGAUCAGGACCCGGCACUUCUGGUUCUGGUUCUGGCAGCGGUAGCUCUGGAUCUCCCUCUGGCUCUGCAAGUUCCGGUUCUGGUUCUGGAAGCUCUGGUUCGGGCAGCGGUAGCUCUGAGACUGGCAGCGGUAGCUCCGGAUCACCCUCUGGUUCUGGAAACUCAGGAUCUGGCAGUUCCGGUUCUGGUAGCGGUAGCUCUGAUUCUCCCUCUGCUUCUGGCACCUCAGGAUCUAGCAGUAGUGGCUCUGGCUCUGGCUCUGGCUCUGGCUCUGGCUCUGGCUCUGGCUCUGGCUCUGGUUCUGGUUCUGGUUCUGGCUAUUCUUCUGGUGCCUCUAGCUCUACUGUUAAUACUGCUAGCCCCUCUGGCGUUCCCGUUACUGCUGGUGCCGUCAAGCAGACUAGCACUUCUAUGGCACUCGUCGCUGCUAUCGCUGUUAUCGCUUCCCUCUUCUAA